GAGGAAGACUGUCGUGAGCGCGCACAGGAGGCUUGACGUCACUGAGGCGCCCUGGCUCUCCUGAGCCGCUGGUACUGCUGGCAAAAAGAUGGGAAAAUCAGAUAGACGUCUAUCGAGUAACUAACAUAAAAUGACGGGUUUUGCAGCCGAUUUCCAUUUGACAGAGGAUCCAGUAAUGGCACCGAUUUGAGCUCCACCAGACAACGAGAAAGAUUGGUGUCAUAAUUUUUAACUCUGGAUAGCGCCUGUUGGACGUGGAAAGUGGAGAGCAUCAGACCUCUAUUUUAUCAUGAACAUUGUGCCCACCAUCUUCAGUUGAAGCAGGAUCACCACCACAUAUUCUCACAAUUGGUGAAAGUCACAACCACAAAAUCAGCAAGAAUAUAUACAGAUACUUGAGGUCGUAAUUCAGUUUUGCUGUCAGCUCUGUUCUUCUAUUAAGCAGAAGAUGUACGGUAGUGCCCGCUCUGUUGGCAGAGGGGAUGCCAACCACAGUGGAGGAAGAGAUGGAGGUGGUACUGGUAAUCAGGGAUCUGGCCGUUCCCCUCGCCUUCCCCGUUCUCCUCGGAUGGGACACCGUCGCACCAACAGCACUGGAGGCAGUGGAGGGGGUCCUGGAGGAGCAGGAGGCAAGACGCUUUCAAUGGAGAACAUCCAGUCCCUCAACGCUGCUUAUGCCACCUCAGGACCAAUGUACCUGAGUGACAAUGAGGUUGCCAUGGCAGGCGACCACAUUCCCAAAAGUGGUGGGACGGUGACGACCAUGGGGAGACAGAGGGUGACAUAUGGGUCAAGGGGCAGCAGCAGUGGAGUUGUGGCUGCUAGCACCCCCAACAUCUCCACCUCAGUGCCUGCCAAUGCUGUGCUGCCAGCAGGCAUGAUGGCAGGUGAUGCUCUAGCAUUUGGGGACCACCACAUGGCCUCCACUGUGCCCCAUUCUCUAAGGCAGGCCAGAGACAACACCAUACUUGAUCUGCAGGCCCAGCUGAAAGAGGUCCUGCGCGAGAAUGAAAUGCUGCGGCGAGAAGUGGAAGUUAAGGAGAGCAAGCUCAGUUCCUCCAUGAAUUCUAUCAAGACCUUCUGGAGCCCAGAAUUAAAAAAGGAGCGAGCUCUCAGGAAAGAUGAGGUUUCUAAGAUCACUGUCUGGAAGGAACAAUACCGUGUGAUUCAAGAUGAAGCACAGCAUCUCCAGAUGACUGUUCAGGCUCUUCAGGAUGAGCUGAGGAUCCAGAGGGACCUAAACCAGCUGCUCCAGCAAGACCCCUCCAGCCAAGGCCGGGACCUGGCCCUGGCAUCUGAACCCACGGAGGAGAACUACCGGCGGCUACAGGCCGAGCAUGAGAGACAGGCCAAAGAGCUCUUCCUCCUUAGAAAGACCCUGGAGGAGAUGGAGCUGAGGAUUGACACACAAAAGCAAACCCUGGGAGCCAGGGACGAGUCCAUCAAGAAACUUCUGGAGAUGCUGCAGAGCAAAGGGCCGUCUGCCAAGGCAUCAGAAGAGGACCAGGAGCGGACCAGGAGACUGGCUGAUGCAGAGAUGCACAGGCAUCACCUUGAGAGUUUACUGGACCAGAGAGACAGAGAGAUUACUGCACUAAGAGAGCAGGAGCUGCACCGCCGCUAUGAGGGAACCCCUGAGUCCACCAAAACUAAGGCUCUACAGACGGUCAUCGACAUGAAGGAUGCAAAAAUCAAUUCAAUGGACCGGAGCCUGAGAGACAUGGAGGAGGAGCUGCUAAUGCUGAAAUCCAAUGGACUUCUGAGCUGCGAGGAGCGUCAGGAGGAGAUGAAGCAGAUGGAGGUCUAUCGCAGCCACACCAAGUUCAUGAAGAACAAGAUGGAGCAGGUAAAGCAGGAUCUCUCCAGGAAGGACACUGAGCUGCUUGGUUUGCAGACCAAGCUGGAGACGCUCACCAACCAGUUCUCAGAUAGCAAGCAGCACAUUGAAGUCCUCAAGGAGUCCCUCACUGCUAAGGAGCAGCGAGCUGCCAUCUUACAGACAGAGGUGGAUGCAUUGCGCCAGCGCUUGGAAGAGAAGGAGGCAACUCUGAAUAAGAAGAGCAAGCAGAUACAAGAAAUGUCAGAAGAGAAGGGCACACUCAACGGGGAGAUCCACGACCUCAAGGACAUGCUGGAGGUUAAGGAGCGCAAAGUUAAUGUGCUACAGAAGAAGAUUGAGAACUUGCAGGAGCAGCUGAGGGACAAGGAGAAGCAGAUGAGCAGCCUGAAGGAGAGAGUAAAGUCUUUGCAGGCAGACACUUCCAACACUGACACUGCUCUCACCACACUGGAGGAGUCUCUUGCAGAAAAGGAGCGCAUCAUUGAGCGUUUAAAGGAGCAGCGAGACAGAGACGACCGGGAGAAGACAGAGGAGCUCGACUGCAACAAGAAGGAACUGAAAGAGUUGAAGGAGAGACUGAGCUUACUGCAGGGAGACCUGUCAGACAGAGAGACGUCUCUGUUGGACCUGAAGGAGCAUGCAUCAUCCCUGGCCUCCUCAGGGCUGAAGAAGGACUCCAAACUCAAGAGUCUGGAGAUCGCCUUGGAGCAGAAGAAGGAGGAGUGCCUCAAAGUGGAGAACCAGCUUAAGAGAGCUCAAAACGCAGCCCUGGAGGCUCAGGCCAACACUGAGCUGGCCGAGCGCAUUAAGAACCUCGAGCAGGAAGUGGCUCGCCACAAAGAGGAUUCUGGGAAGGCCCAGGCUGAGGUGGACCGCCUGCUGGAGAUCCUUCGGGAAAUGGAGAAUGAGAAGAAUGACAAGGACAAAAAGAUCAGUGAGCUGGAGAGUUCGGCCUCCAGGCAGAUGAAAGACCAGUCGAAGAAGGUGGCAUCUCUGAAGCACAAGGAGCAGGUGGAGAAGAGUAGGAAUGCUCGACUCAUGGAGGAGGCCAGGAAGAGGGAGGACAACAUGUCCGAGAACUCCCAACAGGUGAAGGACUCUCUGCGUCAGAAAUCGGAGCGCAUAGAGGAGCUGGAGGAGGCCCUGAGAGAGAGCGUUCAGAUCACUGCUGAGCGAGAGAUGGUACUGGCACAGGAGGAGGCUGCCAGGUCACUCCAGGAGAAGCAGAAGCACUCACUCAAACCAAUGCAUGAGUCCAACCUCGCCCACUUUAAGUGGUCUAAGAUGGAAGAGCUGCUGGGGGCCAUGGAGAAGGUGAAGCAGGAGCUGGAGUCCAUGAGGGCCAAGCUGGCCUCCACCCAGCAGUCUUUGGGUGAGAAAGAGGCACACCUCUCAACCCUGCGAGCUGAGCGCAGGAAACACCUGGAGGAGGUUCUGGAGAUGAAGCAGGAGGCGCUGUUGGCUGCAAUCAGCGAGAAGGAUGCUAACAUUGCCCUACUGGAGUUGUCCUCCUCUAAGAAGAAGAAGACCCAGGAUGAGGUGGCUCUGCUGAAGCGGGAGAAGGACAGACUGGUGCAACAACUCAAACAGCAGACUCAGAACAGAAUGAAACUGAUGGCGGACAACUAUGAGGAUGACCAUCUGAAGACUGCCCCUGACCAGACAAAUCACAAACCCUCUCCAGAUCAGCAGAUGAUACCCCCUCUUCUAGCCCUGUCCCAGAACCGCAGUAAGCUCAAGCUCUACAUCGCCCACCUGACAGACCUCUGCCAUGACCGGGACCCCAGCAUCCUCAGCCAGCUCACGCCGCCCUCUCACUACCACAACAGCGACCCCGAAGACUUGGAGGAGGAGCUCCAGAAGAUGAGUGUCGAACAGUUGGAGCGGGAGCUGGAGGUGUGUGAGAAGGAGAGCGGAGAGCUGCAGGAGUACGCCAACUCUGUUCUCCAGCAGAUCGCAGACUACUGCCCUGAUAUCCUGGAGCAGGUUGUCAAUGCCUUGGAGGAGUCAUGCUGACAACUCUGACCUCAGACACAACCCGGCUGGCCCCUGGUCUUCGCAUAACCUGUAGCUGAGCCCAGGCGCCCCUACCUCCACUCAACGCGGUUCCUGGACGGAUGAGAGACAGCUGGGGCAUCAUCUCACCCCACUGAGCUUUUCUUCCUCGCUCCCCUCGUCCACCCUGGAACAAACUUUCAGGACUCCUAAGUGCUUUCCUGUCUCAUGUGUCUCUCUAAUGUCAGGCCCGCAAAAUCGAAUUAGGGAUGUCCACAAAGUCUGUCGAAGUGUUAUCAAAUAUAUCUGGUUGCUCACUGCAAACUGAGGUCCACUCAUUUAAUGACAGUGCUGGCAGAUGGUGGAGUCGCAGUGGGAAGAGAGGGAACACAAGUGCACAUCUAAUCACAUAUUCGGCAGGCAAAAGCAUGCUGGAGGUUUGUGAAAAAAUAAAAGCACCCCCUUUAGCAUUUAUGAACUCACCAAAUUCGAUUCUGUAACUCUGGGACAGGUGUGAUGGGAGAGAAAGGAUAUCAGAUGAAAGAAGCAAACUUCUGUACAAAGUCUUGGAGUAUACUGCCAGCCUUCCUCUCCCUAGACGACUUCAUUCACAGCAGGAACUGCUAGAUCAACACAGUUACCUCGCCCACUUCUAACUGAGUCUUUUGCCCCGUAGAUUCCUCACACAAAUCUUUCAAGUUAAAAAGGGUAAAUUCAUUCCUGAUAUGGGGCAGGAAAGCACUUUUUUGUCUUAGAGAACUGGGGAGCUGCUACAUCUAGAGGGGAGCAGAGAGGAGCUGAGUUCAGUGGGUAAAUCAUGGAGCCAUGUAGAUGCUUGUUUGGUAUUUUAGUCAGUGUUGCCUACUUAGACAGUUCGAAAUACAGCUACUGGUGGCUGAUCAUCUGAACACUUAGGAAAUGCCACUUUUUAACCAAAUAAAUGCAGCAUGUUCUCCAAAUGUUUCCUCUCCCAGCUUGGAUCUGUGGAUCUGUCAUUGUAGCCAGGAUUAAGUUGUAGGUACGUUUUUACUGUGUAAUCUGUGGCUGGGUCAUUGGCACGAGAGGAGGCUCAGGGCCUGACCUUUGACACAGAUCAAAGGUUGGCUUUUAGUCACACUAUGUUCUCAAAUACCAGUGAGAGAGAGGAAACAAAAAAAGUGUUUAUUCUGGGUGACGUAUUCAUUUUUAGAUGGUUUUGCACACAACGUCCACUUGUUUAUGAGGUAUGCAAUGUUUCUUUUGAGAACGUUCUAGUGGCCUUGGAGCAUGCACAGAGAUCAGUACUGGACCUAAUGCAGGGAUAUUUAUUCCUCUGUAAUAUUGGUGCUAAGGCAUGAUGUGAGAACUUUCGAUCUGAUCGACUGAUCAUUCAGUCUCAUCCAAAGUUUCUAUAGAUGUUACUUAAAGCCCACCUGAUCCGUAGUUUGUCGACUGAAUCACCGAAGAAUACAAAUUACGUCCCUUUUUUCUUGUAUUUUUCUGAUCAUUUACAAAUGCAAGUGAUGCCUCCUUUAUUGUAUUUUUUGAAAUCUUCAGGGCUGAGGUUUUUAAUUACUAAGUGCAUCUACAUUUACAGGAAAUGAAAGUCACUUUUCAGCAGAUUUUGACUUUUUAGAUCAGUUUGUAAAUAACGUGAUAUUUAACACGUACAGUGACUGAAUAAAGGUAAUUAAGUGGAAGGUGUUGUGCUUUCUUUUAAAAAAAAUUCUGAAAAGUUAAAAGCAGUGCAGUUGUCUUUUGUGUCUAAUUUUGUCAAAAUGUGUGUGUGUGUGUGUGUGUGUGUAUGUAUGUGUGUAUGUAUGUGUGUGUGUGUGACAGUACUGCCAUAACUUGCAGAAAGUCAUGUUCUAUAGAUAUAUAUAAAUAGAAUAUAUAUAUAUAUAUAUAUAUAUAUAUAUAUAUAUAUAUAUAUAUAUAUAUAUAUAUAUAUAUAUAUAUAUAUAUAUAUAUAUAUAUAUAUAUAUAUAUAUAUAAAAUAAAAUGUUUACUGUAUGGAUAUGCAUUGAAUGUUUGCACAGAAUCUUGAAGAGCGAGCUGCUCUGAACAAAAUAAAUGACUGUCAAGUUAGUGUCCUCAGCAGAAACUGAGGAAAAGAAGUGUCAAAAAAAACUUUUGUGUCAAAAUAAUGUGUGAACUACAAAUGUUUUCAAACCGUGACUGUGUGAUGGGAGAGUACUUUUCUUGCAUUUAUUUCUAAUGGUCAUUUUUUAAAUAUAUUUUCACCAUAUGGUGAUGUAAAUGUAUUAUCCUGAGAUUCCAGUGUUGUUGUCUUUUUCUUCUUAACCUGCUAUGUCAAUGUUUUUUGUUGGUUGAUGUCAAAGGCAGACUGCGCCUGGUGGAUAAAAAUAAGUCUCCAACCAUCAUGGCCCUCCUGCUGUUAUAAGAGGAACAUAAUGUUAAAAAACAGUGAAAAACUGCAUCUGGAAGUUUUCUGACAAACUUUCUAUGUAUGGUUGAUUUACAGAUAAAUUUGGGUGGACUAACAAUGUGUUUUACUGAAAACAAAACACACCCCCUGGUUUUGGAGGAUGUUAGUUGGAUGCUUGUUUUUGAACUUCUUGUCUGUCAAACCUCUCGGAGUGGAGAUUAAUUUCCCUCUGUCCCCUUUAACCCCUCACCCUUCACCACUGGUUUGAGAGAAAGAAGCAUUUUUAAAGUGUUUUAUUUCCCUUACUUUGGCCUGUGUGUCCCUGCCCUUGUCUUAAUGUCUUGUCAUCUCUUUUUCUCCUUAUUGAGGAACACCAAACUGAUUAAGGGGCUUCUGUCAAGUUCAUGGUAUUUCUUUUCUUUUGCAUUUGUAUAAGAAAUGUACUGCCUUCUGUCUGUUUGUGUUAAAAGUCAAACUGUGUAAAAAGAAAGCAAAACAGACAUGUUUGUGAGUUAUCUGGAUUUUGUAUGUAUGUAAAUAAAUAAAUUAUAAGCCUUG